CAACACACCCUGCACAGAGCUUCCCAUUAGAGCCUGGCUUCCCUUUUUCUACUUCAGCCUCAGAUAAUAAUUCAUACUAUAACCUAACACAUUUUUAAAAAUCUUUCAGCUGCAGCCUCUCUCGGCCAGAUGCAAGCAGUGAUAUGACAUCUUCAGAGGGAGGAGAAAUGAAAGAGGGCAUGUAGGAGUGAGAGAGGAAGAGAAAUGAACAGGAUAUAGGUGUGCUCUGCAUGCGUGAGUGUGUAGAUUUUCACAUGUGUAGUUUGGUCUUGGUGGUCGGAGUUUGCAGUGACUUUUCUCAGAAGCAUGAAGCUGAAAUCACCCAUGCUACACUGAGAGAGAGACAGAGAAGGAGAAAGAGGAAGGAACAGGCCUGUGUAAAACUUUCCAGCCCAGAUUACCUCUGUAAAACACCAACCACGCAGAGAACAAGAAAAAAAAGAUGAAUUUCUUCUGCCAACAGCUUCCCAUAAACGUAUAGUCAACAGUUUUCGAUCACGUUUUCGAGGCUCAAAAGUGGAUCUCCAAAGACAAUAUCAGCUCACCUGAGCACUUCUGUUGCCCAAACACUGAAAUCGCUGUAGGAAGCUUCUAGAUUGAGUGAUGUUUUCAGGCAGUAUGCUCAUCAUGAGGCUUGUUUUGGGUAAUUUGCUUCUGUUUCUUGCUCUCGGGCCCUGCUUCAAGUCCACUGAUGCACAAGAAACAACAACAGAGACAGAUGAAAACACCACCAUCCCAUUACCAAAUAAUUACACUGUGGAGUCAACGUUAAGUUCUGAAAUCACCAGUGCCACACCUGAAAAUACAGUUACUCUACUACAGACAGAAGCGGAUCUGCAUAAUCCAGAAACCACACUUGUUAAUGAAAUAAACACCAUGCAUGAGGAACCAACAGGUGAGAGUACUCCACCACUGAGUAUUGAACAAACAUCACCAGAAUCUGUUCCUGAAACAACAACUGUACAAACGGAGCAGACCACAGUGACCACCCCUACUUUGCCUGUUAAUGUGGAAACAACAGUGAUUGAACAAAUAACUUCAGACGCCCCAAGCACAAGUCAGUAUGAAACAACUGUUGGCUUCACCUCUCCCGAGUCGACCAGCUCUACAGAACGUCCUACAGAUGAAAUCACCACAGCAGCGGUAGCCAUGACUACUGAUUCAACAGAAGCCCUCAAUCCCACAUCCAUCACGACCACACCACCUGCAGACUGGACUGAGUCUCCGUCCAUCAUGUCUGACCCUGUGGACACCAGCACUGAAACCUCCACUACAACUUCAACAACAUCAACAUCGACUACACAGCUCCCUCAAAAUACUGUUGAUUACCCAUACUCGAGGUCUGACGAAGAUUCAGCCUCCACCCAUUUCACCACCACAACAACCGGCGUGAUUAUUGGGGAAAAAAUUAUGUCCUUGAAAACCAGCUGGUUAUUAAUAAUAAUAGUGUUUGUGGCCAUUAUUUUUGCGCUGUGUGUGGGCAUGAUUCUGUUCACCCAGCGGCGAAAGAAAAACGCCUCAAGGAAUUUCAGCCCCAUGUAUAUGAAUGGACAAAGUAAACGGUCCAAAAAAAAAAAAGGGGCGGAGGAUGAUGCGUGGGCGGGGCCUGUCAAACUGGAGGCGGGGGUUGAAUGUGACGCUGAGGUACAGGAGGGUCUAAUGCUUAAUAAUGGGAAACAGGAUGGAGACGAUACGGUGCUAAGGACAUUCGCCGCUCUGGAUGCAGGAGAUACCUCUAAUGGUGGAGUGGGUGGGGACGGUACCAAGGAGGCUAAGAAAUGGGAGGAGCAGGAGCCUCUGCUUUACAUAGAUGAGGAUGUGAAUGAAGGCAAGACUGGAAAAACACUGGAAGAGAGUGAGAAACAGAAUGGAGAUGAAAAAAGUGAAGAGAAGGAGAUGAACGGAGGAGAAACGUUCUGUCUCACCACAGCGGUCUGAAAGUCUUCUGUUGACUAAAUUAACAUUAAGGAAUUCAUUGGAAUGACUUGAUUACAUAAUUUGUGUUAACAAAUUAUGACUAAAAGGACUAAGUAAUAUAUUUGUGUAUAUAUUAUUUGACUGUCGCAAUUCUUUAUCAGCAAUGGUGCAACGUUUAAUGAUGUUCUAAAUACUAAUUUUCCUUAGUUGUUUUAUAUUUAAAAGUGCGGUCAAAUUAGCCAAACUUACAGCAAAAAACUGUAAUUAUUGUCAAUAGUGUGCUGAUGUGUGAAUCACAGUUCAUAUAGAAAUUAACUUUGAAACCAAGCAGCACUCAAUUCGUUAAAAUGGCGAAUUCAUAUGACCAACUGAACCCAUUGCAUUGCCCACCCAUUGUGGGGAAAGCUUUAACCCUCAUGCAGAUUUGCAGCCUGCAUGGAUUGCUAUUGAAAUGACUGGAUUUCACCAAUGAAAAUGUGUCAAACAAUGUGACCGCACUUUAAGACGAGAUAAUGGCUGAAUUAAUUAAACAUCAUCAUUCAUUCAUUUCAGAUGUUUGCUAUGAUGUAGCUAAAAACACACAGUCUGCAUCUUUAUCCCCAUCUAAAGAUACAGUUGUAAUUAG